AUGACUGCCAUAUGGCUGGUGUUGCUGGUGAACUUGUCUACCUUUUUCCUAGGAGUCUUCAUAUGGACUGUCAUUCAGCACUUUCUCAUUGCGGAAAUUCCCUCUGCCUUGCAGCAUCCAGUCAAGUUCAGGUGUAUGCACUGUAUAGCGCUGUACUUAAUUACUAUGGGAAAUAUGUUAGAGAAGCUGAGAAUUUGCUCCAUGCCCAGGUUCAUCCAGUGUCUUCAUGACUUAGUCAUAAAGAAGAACCGUAAUUUGACGGUGACCAACAUGUACUUUGGAACAAUUCCUGUAAGACUAUUCCAGCCCAAGGCAGUGUCCUCCAGACUCCUACGAGGCAUCAUUUUCUACCAUGGAGGAGGAGCCAUAUGUGGUAGUCUGGACAGUUACCACAACCUGUGCAGCUUCCUGGCCCAGGAGACAGAGUCGGUGGUGCUGUCAGUGGGGUACCGCAAACUUCCUGACCACUGUUAUCCUUCUGUUCCUAAUGAUUGCCUGAAUGCCACCAUUCUCUUCAUGAAGGGCCUAAAAUCCUAUGGGGUAGACUCCUCCCGGGUGGUAGUUUGUGGAGAAAGCAUUGGAGGUGGUGCUGUGGCCAUUGUCACCCAGACCUUGCUCAACUUCCCGAGUCUUCCCAAGAUCUGUGCUCAGGUGCUUAUUACUCCAGUUACACAGAUCAUCAAUUUCCGAUUGCCAUCACAUCAACAGAACCAAAAUGUCCCAUUCCUCACCAAAGACAUAUUAAUGACAUCUGUGUGUAAAUUCCUGGACAUUGACUUAUCUUGGAAAGAUGCCAUAGCUAGAGGCUCUGGUGUUCCCCCAGACACCUGGAAAAAAUACAAGAAAUGGCUCGCUUCUGAUAACCUCCCCAGAAGGUUCAAGAGCCAAAACCUCCUGCCUGAGUUUCCAGGACCUUUCAAUGAGGCUGCCUAUCUGGAAACCAGGCAUAUUUUAACAGCAGAAAUUUCACCUCUCCUAGCAGAUGACAAGAUCAUUGCUCAGCUUCCCCAGGCAUUCCUGGUGAGCUGUGAGAAUGAUCCCCUCCGUGAUGAUGCCUUGCUCUACAAGAAGCGCCUGGAAGAUGAGGGUGUCCCUGUGACCUGGUACCAUGUGGAGGACGGCUUUCAUGGAUGCAUCAUUUUGUUUGAUAAGCAGCCUUUCUCUUUUCCCUGCUCCAUGAAAAUUGUAAAUGCUGUCAUCAGCUAUGUAAAAGGCAUAUGA